UCCCUUGCUCUGCACCUGCUUGUCCUCUGCGUCCAAGUUUCCGAAAUGGGCCGAGGCAAGAUAGUGAUCCGUCGGAUCGACAACUCCACCAGCCGGCAGGUGACUUUCUCGAAGCGGCGGAACGGGAUCUUCAAGAAGGCCAAGGAGCUAGGUAUCCUCUGUGACGCCGAGGUUGGCCUCGUCAUCUUCUCCAGCACCGGCCGCCUCUAUGAGUACGCCAGCACCAGCAUGAAGUCAGUGAUAGAUCGAUAUGGCCGAGCAAAGGAGGAGGAGCAACUUGUCGCAAACCCCAACUCGGAGCUUAAGUUCUGGCAAAGGGAGGCAGCAAGCUUGAGACAACAACUGCACAACUUGCAAGAAAAUCAUCGGCAGUUGAUGGGGCAAGAUCUUUCUGGAAUGGGUGUCAAGGAGCUGCAGACUCUAGAAAAUCAGCUAGAGAUAAGCCUACGCUGCAUCCGGACAAAAAAGGACCAGCUCUUGAUUGAUGAAAUUCAUGAACUGAAUCGUAAGGGAAGUCUUGUUCACCAAGAAAACAUGGAACUGUACAAAAAGCUUGACCUAAUUCGUCAGGAAAAUGUUCAGUUAUAUAACAAGCUCUCUGAGACAGAGGCAGUAACUGCAGUCGGCCGAGAUUCAAGAACUCCAUACAACUUUGCAGUUAUUGAGGAUGCCAACGUUCCUGUUCAUCUUGAACUCAAUUCCCCGCAGCAACGAAAUGAUGCUGAACAUACUGCACCACCUAAACUAGGACUGCAACUACAUCCAUGA